AUGAAGCUUCUCGUUACAAAAAAGUGGCUAAGGAGGAAGAAGACACUGAUAAAGAGGAAGAAGAAUCAACCUCUAAUAAGGGAUGAGAAUUUGCUUAUGGAAUUAAUUCUCCUACAAAUGAUGUUGCAUAAUCUGGAUCAACCAUUCUUUUGUCAAAACUAUCAAACCAUUGAUCCAGGAGAAGUCAACAUUACUCAGUCACUAGGUAAAAGGUUAAGUAUAGUUGAAAGAGAUAUGGAUACACCGAAGCGACUUAUGGCUUUGGGUGAUGAUUAUGAUAUGGUUAUCGAUGACCCCACCAAAAUCUCCAUGAUUGAAGCUGAAGUUGAUCCUCAAAAGAAAAUUAUUGUUGUUGAUAUUCCAGACACUGAUGCAACAACUGAUGAUCAUCCCAUCCUUGAUACUGGUGAUCAAUCAUAG